UUCUUCUCCUCCGCCCAGUGGACCGCCGACGGCACCGCCAUCCUCGCCCUGUCGUCCGAUCAGAGCGUCUCGUCCUUUGUCCUUCCUGCGGACCUCCUGCAGGCUGCAGGAGAAGCCCGCCCUUUGCACCGCCAGGCCAGCAUUCGGCUGCCGGAGCCCACCCAGACCCUCGCCGCUGCGCCCUACUUCUCCCUGGCCAACCCGGCCUCGCAGACGUUCCUGGUUGGCUGUCGAGACCACCCCCUCCAUCUCUACCAUGCCUUUCCGCCGCCGGAAGACGAGGGGGAGGAGGACACGGGCAGGCCUGCUGCUGCUGCUCGCCCCCUCUACACCUAUAAGCUUAUCCGCAAAGAGUCGGAGCAGUACAUCACCCCUGCGUCGCUGCUCUGGGAGCACCCCGGCACGCACUUUGUCUGCGGCUCAGCGAACCGCAUUGAUCUGUUCGACGCGUCCGGCCACUGCGCCGACGGCCCAGCGCUGACCGUGGCCACGAUCCCAUCCCGGCGGCACAUCGCCAAGGGCAGCGGCGUCGGCAUGAAGGGCACCGUGGCCGCCCUUGCGGCUUCGCCUCCUGCAGACGUCGUCCACGGGCACGGGUCCAUUCUCGCGGCCGGCACAUGGACCCGCUGGAUGGGGACGUACGAUCUGCACCGCUCUGAUCGAGUCGUCGCGAACUGGUCGAUCGCCGGCGCGGACGAAAAGGCCUUUGGCGUCGCCCUGGGCGGGCAGGGCAUUGUGCAGACGGCGUGGAGCCCCUGCGGGCGGUACCUGGUCGUCAACGAGCGGCAGAGCCGCGGGCUGCUCGUCUACGACAUCCGCGGCACCGGGCAGCUGCUUGCCGUGCUGGACGGCCGUGGGUCGACGACGCAGCAGCGGCUGCACUUUGACAUCUUCCCGGGAGAGAACGGGUUCGAGGUCUGGGCGGGGACGCAGCAUGGCGCGGUGGCGGUAUGGGAGGGGGUUGGCAUGCGCAACGACGUCGUCGAGCCUUCGUGGACGUGGGGAGCGCAUGAGUCGCCUGUCGGAAGCACGAUUGUGCAUUCGAGCGGCUCUGUUGUGGCGACUUGUUCGGGAGGGUGGGGGUAUCCGCGGGAACAGGACCUGGAUGCUGCGUCUGGGAGAAGUCUUGACGGAAGCCAUCGUAGUAGAAUCUUUGACGAGUCUUCGUUGAAGAUUUGGUCCGUU